AUGUCCGAUGCCGUCACAAUACUAAUACAGGAUCGAAAAACGGGUCAGCGUAGGAAUCUAACCGUUAAUGUACGUUUUCUUUGCGAAACUUCUAAACUCGAAAUUCAAACGAGAUGUUCAGGUCAAGAGCAGUGAAAAUAUCGAAGAAUUGACGAAAAAUGUAGAGAAAUUAACGCAAAUUCCUAGCGAAGAGCUGGAAGUCGUGUUUUGCGGCAAAAAAUUGUCGAAAUCGACAAUCAUGCGAGAUUUGUCACUGACUCCCGCAACGUAAUCGAAAACUUGUUCGAAACGUUCGAGAAAAGUGACUUUUCAGUCAAAUAAUGCUUCUCCGACCUAGGAAUGCCAUAAAUAGCGAGAAAUCGAUCGGAACUUCUGGAAAUUCUGCAACUUUAACAACGGAUUCCUCGAUUUUGGGCAGUUUCUACGUCUGGUGUAAGCGAUGCGAAGGUGUAAAACGCGGAAAACUGCGAGUUUAUUGCCAGAAAUGCGAUUCCACGUCGGUUUUAGUGAAAGCCGAACCGCAAAAUUGGUCCGACGUGCUCAGAAGGUACAUAAAACUGAAAAUGUCUCUUAGAAUUUCUGGAAAACGUUUUCAGCAAGAGAAUAGCGGUUCGAUGCGAGAAUUGUUCAGCCGCGGAGGCGUUUGCCGAGUUCAAAUUCAAAUGUCUGACUUGCAACGAGUUGGCGGCCGCCCUGACGCACGUACGUGGCAAUUGGCAGAUGGCCGAAUGCUGUGUGUGCGACGGAAAAGAUCGGAUCGUUCUGGAUCUCGGCUGCAAUCACAUCACGUGUCAACAGUGCUUCAAAGUGGGCUUCGACGCAAAAAUUUGAAAGUAUUGACAAUUUUCAUAGUUUAGGAGUACUUACUGAGCACGCUGUCCGAGUUCCGAUUCCUGAAUCAACCGCCGUUCGGCUUCACCAUUUCUUGCCCGUUUUCUGGCUGUAAUCGUAAGUUUUCACUUUAGAAUUUCCCCGGAAUGCGUAAGAUCUUCAGGAGUAGUCCAGGACGUCCACCAUUUCCAUUUAAUGGGCGAGCCCUCGUACAGCGAGUACCAGCGAAAGGCCACUGAACGGCUCGUGGCGAUCGACGACGAAGGAGUGACGUGUCCGAAUGCCACGUGUGGACAGAGCUUCUUCUGGGAACCGUACGACGACGACGGCAGAUCACAGUGUCCCGACUGCUUUUACACUUUUUGCAGGUACGAAUAGCGACUUUAUAUAGUGUAGAGCAGAAAAAGACCAGCACAGGCUCUUGGAGUCCUGGACUUUUGACCCGAUUGCAGUUUUCCGAUCGGAUCCGAGCUUUGCAGGCCAAUUUACCCGGACUGUAAUAGGUUGUCAAGUUGCUAUAACUGUCUAAAUUACUUAUGUGGGUGGUUGCCGCUGGUUCGGAAAUUGCAAUCCUAUCGCCAGACCGGAAAAAUGUUUUGCCGUUUCUCAAACAUCCCGCACCUAUGUCUUUUGCCCAGCCCUGUUGUACAAAAACUUGGCAUUUGCAGAAAAUGCUCGGAAAAGGAGUGCGUGUGCCAUCGGGUCGACGAUCUGACGAAGAUGACGAUCGACGUGACGACGAGACGGUGCCCAAAGUGCUCGGUUCCGACGGAACGGAACGGCGGAUGCGCCCACAUUCACUGUACUUCGUGCGGCAUGGACUGGUGCUUCAAGUGUGUGGCCGAAUGGAAAGAAGAGUGCCAAUGGGACCAUUGGUUUCAUUAA